UCGCUUAUCAUGAGUUGACUAUCAUUAUCAACAAUAAUAAUUUUUUUUGCAGAAAACUUGGCCAGAUUUCUUUGAACCUUUGGACUUUGAAGUUUCUGAAAUAACAUUGUGAAACGAAAUAUAACACUAAACCAGUUGGAGUACAGUUUAAAUUUUGGCUGAGAUUAUCAUCAAGUUCAUCCAGCGAAGAUGCCAAAGGUAGUAUCUCGCAGUAUAGUUUGUUCGGAUACGAAAGAUCAAGAAGAAUACAAUGAAGAGAAACCGCUUCACAUUUAUUACUGUUUAUGCGGUCAAAUGACGCUGAUUUUAGACUGUGCCCUAGAGAGGUUACCUCUUCGUAAAAGAGACAGCGCUAGAGUUAUCGAUGGCUCCAAACAUGCCCAUAAAAUCGCCAGUGAACCCGAUGAAACUGUUUACAUCAGAAGACCGGAAGGCAUCGAAAAGCAAAACCGACUCAAAUGCAAAAAAUGCGGAUUGUUUCUUUACUACAAGCACGAAUCUAAAACCAAUGUUCAUUUCGUUGUGGAUGGAGCAUUAAUUAAGAACGUCGGUGAAACGCCCAAAAUGGAUAUUUAUAAUCAAGUGGCUGUUGAAAAACCAAAGAAAAUCAUGGUAACGAAACAUACGAAGAAUAUGGGUAAAUUCAGCUCGGUAACCGUAUCCACUAUAGAUGAAGAAGAGGAUGAAAUAGAAGCUAGAGAAAUUGCGGAUUCCUACGCUAACAAUGCGAGAAUCAUUGAAAAACAAUUAGAACGGAAAGGUAUGAGUAAAAGAAAGGCCGAUCCAAGCGACUACACUCACGAAUUGGAAAUUAAACCGAAAGUAACCCGGGGAACUUUGAUUGAUAAAUAAAUGUCUUUUACUGAAUGCCGCGUGGAAAACGAUUGGGACCUGGGAGAAUUAUCCGAUGGAAGAAUCUCUCGAAAAAUGAUGCGUUACGAAGUUGAUAGUUAUAAAGGUUAUUCAUUUUGAGUAAUGAAUUGUGUGAUAUUCAAGAUUCGGAGCAAAAAUUCAUUGUAAAAAAUUGUAAAUGACUAUUGACGAUGUCAAGUUAUCGUCUCUACCAAAACAUUUUAUGAUAUUAAAUACAUUUUUCUGAAGAAAGAAUAA